UAUAUCUUCUUAGUUCGAGUUUAUAAGCCUUCAAAAACCUAUUAUAAAUACACACCUCUCAAACGAUUAGUCAGGAUUAAAUGAACACAUGUGAACACCAACCUAGCUCGUUCUCCACAAAGCCUUCAAAAACCUAUUAUAAAUACACACCUCUCAAACUCUCUCCCUUCAACUCUAAGCUUUGCUUUCUUCCUUCUAUAUUCUCAAACUUCCAGAAAACCUCAAACUUCGAGACGUACGGUGAGAUCGUGAUCAAAGUAGACAUGGGAGGUCCAGGAUCAUCACCAUGUGCUUCGUGUAAGCUUCUUCGAAGACGCUGUGCCAAGGAAUGUAUCUUUGCACCUUAUUUCCCUCCUGAUGAUCCUCAUAAAUUCGCCAUUGUUCAUAAGGUCUUCGGGGCAAGCAACGUCAGCAAAAUGUUGCAGGAGCUACCGGUUCAUCAAAGAGCUGACGCGGUGAAUAGUCUGGUUUUCGAAGCAAACGCACGAGUUAGAGAUCCGGUAUAUGGCUGCGUAGGAGCAAUCUCCUACUUACAAAAUCAAGUCACCCAGCUUCAAAUGCAACUAGCAGUGGCUCAAACCGAGAUUCUCUGCAUCCAAAUGCAACACGAGCCAACUUUACAAUCUCAUCACGAAGUAUUUGAACUAGACCAAGACGACAAAGCUCACUUGCUACACAGCAACAAUAACAGCAUCAAUAACUGCAACAACAACUAUAACUUGGCCUAUGCAAUGUCUUCUGGGCAGUUGAACUCUAAUUUUGCUUCUCCAAGCAGUAUAAUACAGAUGCAAAUGCAAGACCCUCUUAAGCAAGAAUCUCUUUGGACUUGACUUAAGCCAUUGUUAUAAAAUUAAUAUUUGUUGAUUGGAAAACUCAGUGAAGGCUCGACAAGUUUGCUUCGUGGCUAUGUUGAAAAAGAAAAUUUCUUUUUUUGAGCAACGUUGAAAAAGAAACUACGGGAACAAGUUUCGUGUAAGAAAAGUAAUAUAUAAGUCAAAAGCUUAAAUGCAUGCAUGUGAUGGUGAUGAGAUGUAGUUAGAAGCUUUGAGAAGUAGAGAUCUGUUUAUUUCUCUUUUAAUUUUGUUUCUUACUUUUGUUCCUUUUCGCAUCGUCUGAACAAUGAAACUUUAGAUCUAAUUCCAAUCCUAA